AUGCCAAGUCGGAAGCUGCUGGAGGCUGCGGCGAGCGGCCAAACCAGUCUUGUUGCGGAGCAACUCGAUAACGGCGCGGAUCCCAACACUGUCGAUCAGUAUGACAACCCGGUGCUCGCGAUUGCGGCGAUGCACGGUCACGUCGAUGUCGUGUCGGCGCUGCUGGACGCCGGCGCGACCGCCGAUGCGUUGGAUGCGAUGGCUGCACCGCCGCUCUUUCGCGCCGCGCAACUAGGGCACAAGGACGUCGUGGCGCGUCUGGUUGCCGGCGGAGCCAAUGUCAACUUUCAGCUGGCAAGCGGAACAACCGCCUUGACGGAAGCCGCUGCCGCUGGACGCAGUGAAACGGUGCAAGCGCUUUUAGCGGCCAAUGCCAAUGUCGCACUGCACGAUCGGAAUGGCACAACGUCUCUGAUGGCGGCCGCUGCGAGCGGGAACGUGGACGUCGCGUCGCAGCUCUUGCGUGCCGGCAUGAGCGCCCGCGACGCCAAUAUGGAGGGUAUCACGGCCAUGCAUUUUGCGGCCAUGAGUGGCCGCGGCGCAAUGAUGCACGUGCUUGCGAGCGCGGGUGGCGACGUCAACGCCGCUUCAUUGGAUGGGACGACCGUGCUACGGUGCGCAGCGACGGGCGGGCACGCUGCCGCCGUAGAGGCCCUCCUCACGUUGGGUGCCGACGCCAAUGACGGCUCGGCUACGAACGUGCCGUCGCUUGUCGUGGCAGCCGGGGGUGGCCACCUGGAGGUUGUGGACCUGCUCCUACAAGCCGGCGCCGACAUCAAUGUGAUCGAACGCCGGACGGGUAUGACGGCGCUGUAUAUUGCAGCGUCCGGUGGCCACGAGGCCGUUGUGCGCCGACUGGUCUACGCGGGUGCGGCGCUGGACACGGCAGCCAACAAUGGACUGGUGCCGCUCACUGCGGCCAUGGCCAACAACCGGUCGGCAAUUGUCCACUUGCUUCAAGCGUUGCGUGUCGAGAAACGGACCUUGCUCCAUGCAGCGCGCCAAGGCGACGGUGAAGGCGUCCUUGCGCUGCUAAACAAGGGCCUCAGCGCGCACGAGGUGGACGAGUAUGAGAACACGCUCGUGCAUCUCGCGGUCCUUGGCGGGCACCACGAUCUGCUCACCGAGCUGCUUGCGCGACCGGGGAUGCCAACCACGUAUAUCAACAAGUUUGGCGAAUCGCCCAUGAUGCUCGCCAUCAAGAUGGCUGCCGACGACAUGGUGCGCUUGCUGCAUACAGCCCAAGCGACAACAGCUCCCCUUGUGCCUCGUCGGUCGCCGCCGCCGAUGGCACGGUUGGGCGCCGGUGGCUAUGGCAUUGUGUUCAAGGACACGCUGGACGGCGUCGAGGUGGCCGUCAAGAUGCUCAAGAACCAAGGUCUCCGGGCCGAUGUUUUUCGCCGCGAAAUCAACGUCAUGAAAGCCAAUCCAUCGCUGUACGUGGUGCGGCUUGUGGCGACGGCCGACGAGGACGCGGACCCGCAGCUUUUCCUCGAGUUUAUGGAUGGCGGCGACCUUGGGUCGCACCUUGACGCAGAGUGGAACCAAACGCCUGUUGCCGUCGGGUACUCGCACCUCGAGGUCGCGUGGGUCGUUGCAAACGCGCUCAAGGACCUCCACGCACGAGGCAUUGUGCACCGGGACAUCAAGACCCAAAACAUCCUUCUCUCGUCCAGCCAUUACAUCAAGGUCGCCGACCUCGGCAUUGCCAAGCGCGUGGCGACGCACAUGACGACGGGCAUCGGCACUACUGAGUGGAUGGCCCCCAAAAUGUUUACGUCGGGUCCAGAGACGUACGGUACCCCCGUCGACAUUUAUGCCUUUGGGAUUCUCCUCGAAACGCUGUUUCCGGACGUCGUCGAGCAAGAGAAUACCGCGUGGUACGCUGCGCUCGCCAAGUGCUGCAAGGCCACAGACCCAGCGGAUCGUCCCACAGCAAGCGACCUUGUCGACGUGUUGCGCCCCGAGUUGCUCGCCAAGCAAUCCGAGCUCGUCUUGUCGCUGCGGACGUUCCGGGACGACCAGUUGCGCGCCGCACCGGAAAGCAACACCUUGGUGCAGCCCCAAGUCGAGCCCGAGCCCCGAGUCGCGUUCAAGCCCCAGCCCGCCCCACGUGUUCUUCUGGACUUCCAGUCGCCGGACGAGAGUCUCAGUCCCGAGCAGCACCUCCUUCGUGCCGCCUUCUUUGGUAUCAAGGAGGUGGCUGCAGCGCUGUUUGACCAAGGUGUGCCGAUCGAGUCGGCGAGUAGAGUCGGCCAGACGACACUUUUGCUUGCCGUUGCCGGCCGCCAGCCCCAGAUGGUUGUGAUGCUUCUGGCGCGCGGUGCCAAUGCGAAUGCGGCGGACGAGAUCGGGAGCGCCGUGCACCUGGCUGCCGAUACGAACCAACUCGACGUCUUGAACGCGCUCAUUAGCGCCGGUGCCGCUCUCGACGCGCUUGACACGUAUGGCUCGACGCCGCUGCAUAUGGCUGCAAUGCAUGGACACUUGCCUCUCGUGAUCGCACUCGUGACGGCUGGUGCCGACAUUAACCUCCGCGAUGCGCGGGGGGCCACAGCGUUGAUGCGUGCUCUCUUCGGCAGCCACGUGCCGACAGCCAAACUGCUUCUCGAUGCUGGCGCCAAUGUCAACGACGAUGCGUGGGGUGAGAGUCCGCUCUUCCUGGCCUGUCGCUUGGGCCUCACAUCGCUUGUGCCGCAACUUGUCGACCUUGGCGCCGACGCGACGGCACUCUACCACGCGGGCCUGACACCGCUGCACAUUGCGAUUCAGGAAGGCCAUGCCGAGAUCGUAUCGAUGCUGCUCGCCUCACCGCGUGGUGUCGUCAACCAGCGCGACGCCCGAGGCACGACGCUCCUGCAUUUGGCCGUCGCCACCGGUCACGUCAACGUCGUUGACGUGUUUUUAAACGCGGGCUUUGACUUUGACGUGACCAAUUACGAUGGUGACACGCCGUGGGGCCUCGCCCAAAACAGCCGCAACGCGGCACUCAUCUCGCUGCUCGACGACGCUAUCGAACACAAAGAGGCCCUUCUCGAGGCAGCCAAGCACGGUGCCGUGGAUUGCGUACACAUGCUGCUGGAGCGCCCGCUCAGCGCUAACGUCACGGACGAGGUCGGGUGCUCGCUCGUGCAUUGGGCGGUCAUGACGCACAAUGCGGCCCUCUUGGAGCUGCUACUGAAGCAGCCGCAUCUGGACGUCGAUACGCACAACCAUGAAGGGAAAACGCCACUCUCGUUGGCCAUCCAGCGUGGUCACUCGGACAUCGCCGACAUGAUCUUUCGUCACAAGCAACGUCCCGUCGACGAGAUCACGCUGAACGACAUCAAAGACGUUCACUCUCACCUUGGGGUCGGGGGCAACGGCAGCGUCUCCAAGGGCUCGUACCGCGGGCGAUUCGUUGCUGUCAAGUGCCCCAACAACGCUGCGCAUGUCCGGUCGUUCCGAACUGAAAUCAACGCGAUGCUCUCGUGUGCGUCACCGUACUUGGUGGAGCUUUUGGCGAUCGCCGAUCGCCAUUCGGAGUCACCGGCGCUCGUUCUCGAAUUCAUGGACGGGGGCAGUCUGCGCACGUACCUCGAUAAGAAGCUGGCUGGUGCGCCAACGUCCCUCAACAUGACCAAGCUCGAGGUCGCGUGGGUCGUUGCCAACGCGCUGCAGAGCUUGCACUCGAUGGGCUUUGCCCACGGCGACAUCAAGAGCCUCAACGUGCUCGUCGGUAGCAUGGGCUACAUCAAGGUCGGCGAUUUGGGCGCGGCUCGCGAGCGCGCAACAAUUUUGACAGCCGUGCCCGGCACACUCUACUGGACCGCGCCUGAGGCACUCCGCACUGGUAGCUCGGGGCGCUACGGGAUCGAAGCCGACGUCUAUGCUUUUGGUGUGCUCCUCACGGAGCUUGACACGCUCCAAUUGCCGUACUACGACCAGCCUUCCAUGACUUCCAUGCCUCGCGCUGCAUUUGUAAACAGCGUGCUCGACGGCUCCCUCCGCCCGACGCUCCGUGACAACUGUGAGCCAUGGUACCGAGCGUUGACAGAGCAGUGCCUUUUGGCGGAUCCCGAUGCACGUCCGACGGUCACCGAGAUCCUUGGGACAUUGCAGACGCACGUCUCCGCGGCGGUGGCAAGCAAGGAUGCAUUUGACGCCUUGCACCGCGCGCUCACGAACGACAUGGCCUCCGUCGUUGAAGCGCAGCUCGCUGCGGGCAUGGACCCCAAUGCACUCUUGCCAGGCGACGCGACGCCGCUGUAUCUGGCGACGAUGUGCAACGCCAAGGACUGCGUCCAAGUGCUGUUGGCGUCUGGUGCGGACGUCGACGCGCGUGUGGACGGUCGGACGCCGCUGCAUUUGGCGGCCAGUACACAGCGGUACCCGAUUGUCGAUGGGCUUGUGCGCGCCGGCGCCGCCGUUGACGCUCGAACCGAGAAGGACGGAGCGACGCCGCUGCUGUACGCCGUCAUCAACAUGGAUGCGGUUGGCGUAGUGCAGCUCCUGGAUGCCGACGCCGACGUUCGUAUCUCGCCCAGAGUGGGACCGACGCUUCUCGAAGAAGCCGAAUCGAACGAGUCGAUGGCUGCUCUCCUGCCGCUCUUGAGGGCGGCGUCCGUUCGUGAAGAGUUGCUUCGGACACUGGACAUGGCUUGCACCAACUGCGGCAGCCGGCACGCAAUAAAAGCGGCUUGUAGCGCAUGCGACCAUAUUCCAUCGACGCACGACAAGCUCGUCGUGCUGCUGCGGCGGCUACGAACGCUGCACAAGCGAGGCCUCGUCAUCAACUGGGCGAUGCGCUGCCGAAUGUGUAACUUGCUGUUCGACUUUAACGCCGUGUGCACUGGCUGUCAUGCACCAAGUCCAGCCCAGUCGGACGAGGACGACACGCUCCGGCUGCUACUCGCGCGCCUCCGAGCCGCGCUCAACAACAACGUUGCUCGCCUCGCACAGGAGUCGGUACCAGCGCUUCCAGACGGCGUGCAUGAGCUUCUUCGGGUACUCGACAUCGGCACGGCCGAGGAGCGCCGCGUGGCAGCGAUCUGCGCACAGGCCGCGAACGAGCGUGAACACGCGACGCAAUUGGUGCAAGCCACACAAGAAGGUGACGCGGUUGCACUCCAGCGCCUUCUCGACGUCUCAUGCCGCCCCAACUGCACGGACGAGAACGGCAACCCACUUGUCCACAUUGCCGUGCAAACGCGCAACGUCGCGGUUUUGCAGGUUCUGCUUCAAGCCCCCGGCGUCGAUCUGGGGGCGACCAAUUCGGACGGAAAGACGGCACUGGCCGAAGCUCUCGCGCGCGGCGAUAUGAGCGCCAUGCGCGCACUGCACGGCGCGCUCUGCGCACCGGUGGGCACGAUUGCAAGCGACGAGCUGCCAACGCCGGGUGAGGCAGUCGGCCUCCGAAUCGCAGACGAGCGCUACCUCUCGCCGGCGGCCAACGAGCCUGUUGACGCGAUCCUCUCGUUUUCGUCGCCGUUCGUGGUGCCUAUCUUUGCACAGACCGGGCCCGAUACCGUCGCGGUCGAGCACCUGGACGAGGGAGAUCUUCGGAACCUCCUCUGUCACGUGCCGCGCGAGCACCGCUUUAGUUCGUACGAGCUGGUUCAAGUCCAAGUCGCAUACUGCAUCGCCAACGCGCUCGCCGAUUGCCAUGCGAGCGGCCUCGUGCACGGGCACCUCUCGAGCGACAACGUCUUCUUUUCCAGCCAGCAUUUUAUCAAGGUUGGUGUCCCCGGCACGACGCCGUACCGAGACGGCGCCAGCGCAAUGCUGCGCUGGACGGCACCCGAGGUCCUCCGCGGGGACGCUCGCACAACGGCGUCCGACAUGUACGCGCUUGGCGUGAUUUUGACCGAGCUCGACACGCUCGAGCUGCCGUAUGGCAACGACGACGUCGACGAAGCCGUGCUACGGGAGCUGGUACUCAACGGUUUCCGCCCGCCUCUCUCGGAGGAGUGCGAAGAAAACUACUCUAACAUCGUCGCCCGUUGCGUGGCGCCAGAGCCGAGCGAUCGGAUGACUACAGCCGAGCUCGCAGCGAUUCUGCAGCGAAUUCUGGAUGCUGCCGUCGUUCGUUAUGGUAUCUAACGUCGUCUGCUGCGGGUGCCGUACAUACAAAAUGAGUUUUCUUGC